AUGAACACCCCCGACGACGACAGCAAGAACAGUGACAAGUUGCAGAAGAGCUCAGGGUUUUGGGAGAUCAGGAAGGAGGUGCAGUUCCAGGGUCCCGUCUCCGUGGGCAUCCCACCUUUGCUGUUCCACAUGGUCGGGAGCUCACCAGGCCCAUGCCCUGGCCGUGUGCAGAGGGCUGCGGGACCCUCGAGCUGCGUGGCGAUAGACAAGUCGUCUGCUGGGGCGUGCUCGCCGGCACCACCUCCGCCAUGCCCGCUCAGUGGCCCCUGCGAGCGUGGGUCCCGAGAUGUGGCCAUGCCGCUGUCCGCAGUGGACGGCUCAGUGAGGGCGAGUCCACGUAAGCGCCUCUGUAAGGACGUGCUGCUGCCGUUCUCCCACGUGAGAAGCCAGCAGGGCACGGCUGACCAGGAGGCCCACAGCCACGUGCCCUCCAGUAUGGUCCUGGUGCGCAGUGAGAGCGGGCAGCUGCUCAUGAUCCCUCAGCAGGCACUGGCCCAGAUGCAGGCGCAGGCCCACGCCCAGGCCCAGCCUCAGACCACCAUGGCACCCCGCCCUGCCACCCCCACAAGUGCCCCUCCCGUCCAGAUCUCCACCGUGCAGGCUUCCGGGACACCUAUUAUUGCCCGACAGGUGACCCCAACCACCAUAAUCAAGCAAGUGUCUCAGGCCCAGACGCCAGUACAGCCCGCCGCCACACUACAGCGCCCCGCUGGCGUGCAGCCUCAGCUUGUCCUGGGUGGCGCCGCACAGACAGCCUCACUGGGGACAGCUACGACUGUGCAGACGGGGACCCCUCAGCGGACUGUUUCGGGAGCAACUACCACCUCAACGGCUGCCACGGAAACUAUGGAAAAUGUGAAGAAAUGUAAGAAUUUUUUAUCGACGUUGAUAAAGCUGGCUUCGUCUGGCAAGCAGUCCACAGAGACAGCUGCUAAUGUGAAAGAGCUGGUGCAGAAUUUGCUGGACGGAAAAAUUGAAGCAGAAGAUUUUACGAGUAGGCUAUACCGAGAACUUAACUCUUCACCUCAACCUUACCUUGUGCCUUUCCUGAAGAGGAGCUUACCCGCCUUGAGACAGCUGACUCCCGACUCCGCAGCCUUCAUCCAGCAGAGCCAGCAGCAGCCCCCGCCUGCUGCCCAGGCCACCACAGCGCUCACGGCGGUGGUGCUGAGCAGCUCCGUCCAGCGCACCGCCGGGAAGGCGGCAGCGACCGUGACCAGCGCCCUGCAGCCCCCUGUCAUCAGCCUCACGCAGCCCACACAGGUUGGCGUCGGCAAGCAGGGGCAGCCCACACCACUGGUGAUCCAGCAGCCCCAGAAGCCGGGAGCCCUCCUGCGCCCGCCCCAGGUGACGCUGACGCAGACGCCCAUGGUGGCCCUGCGGCAACCACACAGUCGCAUCAUGCUCACCACCCCGCAGCAGAUCCAGCUCAACCCCCUGCAGCCAGUCCCCGUGGUCAAGUCUGCUGUGCUGUCGGGAGCCAAAGCCCUCUCUACCGUCUCUGCACAAGCAGCCGCCGCACAGAAGAACAAGCUCAAGGAGCCGGGGGGAGGUUCGUUCCGGGACGACGAUGACAUCAACGAUGUCGCCUCGAUGGCGGGAGUCAACCUGUCAGAAGAAAGCGCAAGGAUACUGGCCACCAACUCCGAGCUCGUGGGCACGCUGACGCGGUCUUGCAAAGACGAAGCCUUCCUCCUCACGGCCCCCCUGCAGAGGAGGAUGUUAGAGAUCGGUAAAAGGCACGGUGUCACGGAGCUGCACCCGGACGUCGUCAGUUACGUGUCGCACGCCACCCAGCAGAGGUUACAGAACCUGGUGGAGAAGAUCUCAGAGACGGCACAGCAGAAGAACUUCUCCUACAAGGACGACGAGCGGUACGAGCAGGCGAGCGACGUCCGGGCUCAGCUCAAGUUUUUUGAGCAGCUCGAUCAGAUUGAGAAGCAGAGGAAGGAUGAGCAGGAGAGGGAGAUCCUGAUGCGGGCAGCGAAGUCUCGAUCCAGACAAGAAGACCCCGAGCAGCUGAGGCUAAAGCAGAAGGCAAAGGAGAUGCAGCAGCAGGAGCUUGCGCAGAUGAGACAGCGAGACGCCAACCUCACGGCAUUGGCAGCCAUCGGGCCCAGGAAAAAGAGGAAAGUGGACUCUCCGGGACCAGGAUCUGGAGCAGAGGGAUCGGGCCCCGGCGCGGCGGUCCCGGGCAGCUCCGGCGUGGGCGCCCCGCGACAGUUCGCGCGGCAGCGGAUCACGCGCGUCAACCUCAGGGACCUCAUAUUUUGCUUGGAAAACGAGCGAGAGACGAGCCAUUCACUGCUGCUCUACAAGGCACUCCUGAAGUGACCCGGGCAGGGGCGCGGGGUUGAUGGGGCGCCCGGGGACGUUUUUAUAUCUUUGCAGAUUACGCCUUUUUGUAACUCGCAAAUGGGAUGUUGUUGAAAAACAGCCUCCUCUUUCCAACGGAGCCGUUUUCUAGCCGUUUGUAAGCCAGCUCUGCGGGGAGGAGCGCGUCUGCAGCAGAGAACAGGCCUGUGGAUACUCCAACGGACAGCGAAACCCUAGCUCAUCCUCGAUUGAGUGGCCUUCUUGCCAAACAAGCCAUAUCUAGACCGACGGCCGGCCGGCCGCCCGCAGCGUAGCCGCGU